AUGGCAAACCCACAUCCCGAUUUCAGUCCUGCGUGUCCAAUCCCUUACGUUGUCCAAGCCCUAGAACGCGUGGCACAACUCGAGGCCUAUCUGAAAACAGAAUUUGGUCAACUGCAACGUAUAAACAUUGAACCCCUUAUCCGACUUUACAAGGAUGGAAAUCUUGAACCACGUCAGCAAGGCGAAGCCCCACUGUACCUGGUGGAUGGACAAGUAGUGGAGAAGAACCCCUGGGAGGAUCCUUCUGUUCCAAAGACAGCAACAAAGUGGUGCGAGGGCGACAAGGCCGGGGCGGGCCUCGCCAUGGUUGAAGAUUUGGAGCGCGCGCUCCGCAAGAUAUAG